AUGGCGCGUCUGCGUUGCUGCACUGGUGCAUCGACGUGCGCUCUCCCUUUUGCCGCGGGUGUGCUUCGCUGUGGCUGGCGAUCGCAGUCCUCUUCGGCGGCGGCGCCUCCCAUCCGGCGGCGCAGGAAUGCCAUCGGUGGCGAGGGCGUGGCACUCACGCCGCUGCGGUGCCCUGGUGGCCCCCGGGUGAAGGCGGAGGGGCUGAAGCACCUCUUCAAGGUGCCGCACGCCGGCUACCUGGCGAAGUACGACCAGCGCUUCAUCCUCAACUUGAAGCUCACACACCAGAUUGUCUCCCACCUCAGCCGCACGACGCUCAAGACGCACGACAAGCUAUUGAUUGAGCUGGGACCUGGCACCGGAGCCCUCACGCGGAGCCUGCUGACACGGCCCUGCAUCGCCGUGCUGGGUGUUGAGGCGGAUGAGCGGUUCAACGCACACCUGGAGCAGAUCCGACAGUACACAGAUGGAAAGUUUCAGUGGGUGAAUGCCGAUGUGCUCCGCGUGAAGGAGCUUGAGCUGCUGCAUUCGGUGUUCCCCAGCUUUGUUGAGCAGCACCGAAGGCGACCAGCUGCCUCGCACGCGGAUGCCGGCGAGGAGGGAGGCGCGGCGGCUGGAAAUGCCGAUGACGGUGGUGAAGGGUACGAGGGCGCCCCGCUACGAAAUGCACGGCGCGAACGCAUUUUGCGAAGACGAUUUGGGAAAUUUGCUGGGUUUAAUCACGACACCGCGCGUGAUGGUGGCCACAGCCGCGACGCGGGCAACAGCAGUGGUAGUGGUAGUAGUGGCAGUGCCGCCGCCUUUGCUGUGACGGAUCGCUGGUGGUCCGAUGGGGACGCGAAGGUGGAGGUCGUUGCCAAUCUCCCCUUUGACGUCAUUACGGAGCUGCUGAUGCGGUACGCCGUGGAUUGCUCACGCAGGCAGAAUUUGUUCGUCUUUGGCCGCGUCCCAUUGCAUAUCUUCACCCAGAAGGAAAUUGCGGAGCGCAUCAUCGCCCCCGCAGGCUCCAUACACUUCUCACGCCUGUCGGUGAUGUGUCAGUGCUUUUUCCACGUGCAGGUGCGGCAGACAUUCAGGGAGAUGACGUACUACCCAAAAACCGAGGUGCUUGGGGCGAUGCUUACGCUGCAGCCACGCGCCGUGUCACUCGUACCCGCGAUGGACGCCGCCACGCUGAUGCACUUCACCGAUCUACUGAUGAAGCCAGGGCAUCGUGGCAUGACGGUGUACAAGGCGCUGGUGAAGUGUGUUCCGGCAGAGGUGGCGCAGUACAUGCUGCAGGAGCUGCGGGUGGACGGGGCACUGACCGUCUUGGACAUGACAGCCGAGGAAAUCUGCAAACUUGCCCAGCUGUGGCGACGCUUCCUCGAGGCCUCCUCACAGCAACAGCAACCACGCGACGAGACGACGAAGAGCGAGGCGGCCGGCGGAAACGUGGAAUGA